AUGAUAAGAAGAAACCUAAAUCAGACUACAAGUAGAAAAAGAGUUCCGUUUAAAUUAACCAUAAAGAAAAAGCUUGGGGUUAAUAAAGCAAGAGGUAUCAAGUAUAACCAGAAGGAGGUUUCACUGCUCAGUAUUUUGCAGAAUCAGACAGGCAAUAAGUUAAAGGAUAAUAGGAAUUUAAAACUCUCAAGAGAACAUAAAAAGGUUGACCCUAUUGCUUUCUACAAGCAAUCUGAUCCUCGUGCUCCGCACGGGUUUCAAUCUGUAGAGAGAAAGAAAAGGAUUAACUUGAAGAUAAAACAGAAGAGUACAAACAGGAAUAAUCCUGUGUUGUAUAAUUCUACUGUUUUAAUUAAGAGCCCUCAUGAGAAGUCUCAUGAAUUACCUAUCGACCAUCAUAACUUAUCUGCUAGAACACUUGAAACGAAGGGUUCGCUAAAAACUUUAAAGCAGAAACUUACAAAUAAGAGUCGUAAAAGGUCAGUCAAAAGAAGAAUGAACCAAACUGCAAGUAAUGAAGGAAGAAAUGACAAGAGCUCAAAUGGCUCAAAUGAUAGAGCUCAAGGCCCAUGGUUUGCGAAUAAAAGGAAAUUAAAUAAAGUCUUAGUGUCAAAUGUAUAUCAAACAAAUGCUCAAAAUUUGAGAGGAAAUAUUCCAAAGAAGCUUGAAAAGACUCCAUCAAAUAGGAUGCAGACCUCUCGGAAUUAUGUGAAAGGGGAUAAAUUCAAUCUCAUUUGUGCUACAAAUAACUUCCAAAAUUUAAAUCAGACGAAUGAGAGUAAGAAUAUAAAAGUCUCUAAGGAGUCAAUCUCAAUGGUUCAGAAGAAGGAUCUGCUAAACUUCAAUUCUACUAGGAGAUCAAAAGUGAAACUCCUCAAGAAUCUUCAGAGCGAUAGACGCGAGGUAAAUUUGAAGGUGAGAAAUAUGAACCUCCCUCAAUUAAACAGCAGUGUGCCAGAAAGAAUCGGGAAAAAUCGAAAUGAUAGUUUAAAGAGUAAGCAAAAGCUCCAAAAGGCAAUUGCUAUGAUUCCUAAAGGGCUAGGAAUACAGAAUACUACAGUCCCAAAUAAUUUCAUGUUUCAGUCUGUGACAAGUAGGAAGGUGACUAUUUCAGAGAAGGAUAUUCCUGAUUCUCUAAAUGUGACUCAGAAAACCAAUACCCAUACUAUCCCAGAGCCUAGUUCGAUAGAAAGAAAGACUCGAGAGUCCACUCAAUUGGAUAACACAAAGAAGACAAGUCGGAAGCAUAAGCUUCAAUAUCGAGAAAAUAGGAAAAGAUCACAGGAUAUGAAAGAUGGUCAAGAAUCUACGUCAAAAACUAAGAAGAAACUUAGCUUAUCAGAAAGCGUCAUGAAGGCAAAUGAGAGAGCAUCUGCCACAGCUCGGACUGCGAAGAAACCUUCCCAACUUGGAAGGGAAAUGAAAAAGAGCACUGAUAUGUCAGGGAGUAACUCCAAGUCCCAGACAUUGGGAAGUGCUCUGUCGCCUGAAGAGUCAAAUCCUCAACAACCUUCAUUCCCGAAGAAAACUUGGCCGAUGAAGCCAGGUUAUUGAAUAAAGGCGUACUCUAAGAAUCUGAGUGAGUAUGAAAAAGGGGAAAUCCUGAAGUAUCGUAAAAUCUAUUUCGUUGGACCCAAAGCAGAGAAGAUCAAUGCAGGGCCUUGGCAUGAGCACAAUAAUGGCUUCGAUAACGAUAAAGGAAGCUAUAAGAUAGUCAUAGCAGACCAUAUUGCGUACAGGUACGAAAUCAUCGAAUCACUCGGAAAAGGAAGCUUUGGAAGUGUCUUGAAAUGUUGGGACCAUAAAAAUAAGCAGCAUGUGGGCGUAAAACUCAUUAGGAAUGAGGAUAAACUUCGAUACCAAGCUGGAGUCGAGAUCAAGAUCCUCUCUCAUCUUCGUGAGAAUGAUCCUGACGAUAAUUACAACAUCGUCAGAAUUCUUAAUUCGUUCGAAUUCAGGUCACAUGUUUGUAUCGUGUUUGAACUGCUCAGCAUAAAUCUAUACGAUUUCUUAAAACUCAACGACUUCGAAGGAGUCACGGAGUCUUUGAUCAGAAGGUUUGCAAUACAGAUUUUGUAUGCCCUCAACUAUCUGAAAUCAGAAAUGAUCGUACAUUGAGAUUUAAAACCAGAAAAUAUUGUUUUGAAAAAUAAAUACAAAAGUGGCUUAAAGGUUAUCGACUUCGGAAGCAGCACUUUCAUUGAUGAGAGGGUGUACACCUAUAUACAGAGUAGGUUCUACAGAGCACCAGAGAUCAUGCUUGGUGUACCCUACGGGUACCCAAUUGAUAUGUGGAGCUUUGGAUGAGUCCUAGCUGAAUUAUACUGAGGUUACCCCCUAUUUCCAGGUGAAAAUGAGAAGGAACAAAUCGGCUAUAUUAUGGAAAUAUGAGGUUUACCUAGCGUUGAUCUAUUAAAUCAGGGCCAAAGAGCUCAUUUAUUCUUCAAUACAGAUGGGUCCCCAAUUCCUUAUAAAAACUCUCGAGGUAAAACAAGGAAACCUUAUACUAAAGAGCUUGGAGAUGUUCUCGAAUGAGACUCUGAACUCUUCCUAGAUUUUUGUAGUAAGUGAUUCAUAUGGGACCCAGAGGAGCGGAUGUCUCCUGAAGAAGCUUUAAGACAUGAGUGGAUUCUUGAGGGAAUUCCUCCUGAGAUUCUGAUUCAUCACCAAAAGCUUCAUAAUAUUCAGUAUGAUGAGCUUCCCAAGAACAUUAAGAAGAAGUUAGACAAGUUUUACAAAAAGCAAGGAGCUAUCGUAUUAGAUGACUAUUAAAUAAAUCUAGUAGUAUAUUUUUCAA